CGUCACGUGGCGCUUGAGUUCAGUUACUUCCCCAGCGUGAGAUUUGUUUGUUUCUGUAAAGAUGAAACAUAUUUUUGUGUUGUUUUUGCUUCGCUCAGUGGCUCCACUCAACGUGUGUACUAAUAUGAAGUGACCCCUGCUGUCAUGCCUCCAGUCAUGGCUCAGAUCAGUGAUCCAAAGAUCGCAUUUGCCUACCUGCGCCCGGCCUGUGUCCUCCUCACCCGAGAACCCACCGUGACCAACGUGGAGACGCUGAGCGCCCAGUUAAAAGACGUCAACGAUGUCACACUGCAGCAGCUCCAGGAGUACGUCCUCUUCCCUCUUCGCUUCGUCCUUAAAGUCCCUGGGCCCAAGAAGGACAAACUGGUGCAGGCAGUGGCUGAGGCCAUGAGCCACGUCCUGGAGAACACUUGUGUCCAGAGCUGGGAGACCCUCCGUGACCUCCUCUCAGAGCUCUGCCUCUGCCUGUGCUCUCCAGCCGAUCCUGGAAAACCUGCAGACACAUCCGAGGAGCUGAAAUCGGCUGUGCUGAGGUGCCUGGACUCACUGCUUCACGCUGCUUAUGGCGAUAUAGUCUUCAAGCUCUUUGAGCCGAUGAUGCUGCCCGGGUUGGGAGCUGCCGUUUCGCUGCUGCUGGCUUUAGCAGAGAAGGAGAAGUCUCGAGACGUACAGGCAGCAGCGUUGAAGUGCCUUCAGGCUUUGACUCUGCAGUGUGACUGCACUCAGGAGCAUGUAGUCCCAUCUUCAGAGGAGAGAUGUGCUAUAGGCAGCACCAUGGCUUCAUUCCUACCUGGCAUCACUGUGGCUGUAGCCAGGGUCAUCACAGGAGAUCUGAGACAAGGCCACGCAGUCACAGUCAGCGCCAUCAAGGUGUGGUCGAGGACCGUGGGGCUUGUCAUGGAAGACUCCCAGCUUCAGUCCAGUGAGGCUGUGAAGACCCCGUCACCAGAGCUGGGGAGAAUCGCCCAGCUGAUGGUGCAUCGGACAGCAGAGUGGGUGAAGAGCACGGCGGGGAAACUGUCUGUGCUCCUGAAGAAGAUCAUCUCCUGCACAUCGGCUCACCAACACUGGAGGGUCAGACUGGAGCUGGUGGAGCUGGACGACCACCUGCUGGCCAGGUGCAGCCAGUCACUGGGAGAGUGUGUUGGGCUGCUACUGGAGGCUCUGGUCGGGGCAGUCAAUGAUGAGGAGCCCAGAGUCACACGGAGGUGUGAAGCUGUUCUCAAGGAGGUCUCACAGAGGAAUCAGAGCUGUAGCAGCAGUGAUAAAAACAGCAGCGGUGCUCAGACUUUCACUGACGUGCUGUCAGAGAAUCUCCACUCUCUGGCCACCUCCCUGCCCAGACUGAUGAGGACCUCUGACGACAAAAAGAAGCUGUUUGUCCUCAACGUGUUUCUGGGUUAUUUAAAAGUCCUGGGGCCGCUGGUCUCUGUGGUACUGAACUCAGCUGCACAUCUCGAGAGGAUUUCCAAAGCCUUGAUGCAGGUGCUGGAGCUGGAUGUGAUGGAUGUUCGCAUUGUGGAGGAAAGGAGUUUCGCUGCUCCCUUAGAGACGAAUUCAGGCUCGCCUGAUUCUUUCACUGCUCACAUACAGAGGAAGCAUUUCCUCUACUUCACAGAUGACAAGAUCUACUCUGUGCUCACGGAGAUCUGUCGAACAUUAGGUUACUAUGGCAACAUUUACCUACUGACAGAUCACUUUCUGGAUCUGUACCAACAGUCGUCAGCGUACAGAAAGCAGGCUGCCAUGGUGCUAAAUGAGAUUGUCAGGGGUGCCGCAGGCAUCGCCGUGGCAACAAAGGGUCAGGGUUUGGACAGUCGAGUUCGGGGACACUCUGCCACCCAGGAAGACCUUAAAGUGGCAGUGGUCUCCAUAAUGGAGGAGUACACCAGUCUGAACAACUGGCACUUGAUUACUGUCAGUGAGGAGACGGACAGAGACCGGCAGGACCAGCAGCUGCUCAGCUCCUCCAGGCUCCUCUCCAUAUCCAACAGUAAUAAUAGCAACACUCAAGCAAACUCUCUCCAAGUGAUUCCUUCUUCUUUUGGCACCACAUCUUCCUCACCGUCCACCUCCACAAUCCACCAGCUCAACAGCAACAUCUGGCAGCUGUGUAUCCAGCUCGAGGGCAUCGCCUGCUUUGCUCAGGCGCUGGGGCCGGACUUUCGGCCCAUUUUGAUGACAUCGCUGUACCCCGUACUGGAGAAAGCCGGAGAGGAGACGUUGCUGGUCAGCCAGACAGCGCUGGGCUCUAUGUGGGACAUCAGUAAGGCCUGUGGUUACCCGUCUCUCAAGGAGCUGAUCAAUGAGAACUCUGACUACCUGCUCAAUGACAUUUCACUGAACCUGCAGAGACUCAGCCAGCAUCCACAGGCUCCGCGGGUGUUGACAGUGAUGUUGACUCACUCAGACUGCAGCUUGCUGCCGCUGGUCGGGGACAUCGUUCAGGAUGUGCUGAUGGCUCUGGAUCUCAGCUACGAUCACACAGCUGCUCUUUUCUGCUCGGUGCUACACGCGCUCAUGAAGGCACUGGUGAGGUGGUUUCCCUCCGUGUGUGAUCGGACCAGCAAGUCUGCCAGACCCAAGCAGACCUCCUCUGACAAGGAAGUCUUUAACAUCUGCCAGUUCCUGCUGGAUCUCCGCAAACAGAAAGAGCUGGCAGAGGGCAUUGGAAUAGAGGAGGAUGACACUGACGACCUCGAAGUCCCUCCGCCCAUGGAGCAUGAGGAUGUGGAAGAUAUCAGUAGUCCUGAUGUGAAGGCAGAACUUCCCUCCCACCUCAGCAUCACUAAAGAUGUUAUGGAGCGCUGCAUUCAUCUGCUGUCCGACCCCAGCCUCAGGCUCCGACUCAAGGUGUUGGACGUGCUGGAGCUCUGUGUGUGUGUACUGAGUGAGAGGGAAAAUGAAUUGCUGCCCAUGGUCCAUCGCUGCUGGCCCGCCCUCCUGCAGAGACUCACAGCUGAUGACCCUUUAGCGGUCCUCAGAGCCUUCAGGGUUCUGUGUACGCUGGGUGAAACAUGCUGUGACUUCCUGAGGAGGAGGGUAUCUAAAGAGGUCCUACCCAAGCUGACCUCCUCGCUGGCACGGCAGGCUCCCAUCAGCGCCAAGGCCGGACCCGUUUACACACACACCCUGGCCUACAAACUUCAGCUGGCUGUGCUGCAGGGGCUGGGCUCACUGUGCCAGAGGCUGGACCUGGGUGAAGCAGACCUGGAUGCUGUUUGUGAGGCAUGCCUGCCCUACCUGAGCUGUAGACAACCAAUCAGACUACAAGAAGCCAGCAUGAGCGUUUUCCAACACUUAAUCCAGGUGGAUCCUGAUGCCUUCUGGUUCACUCUAAAUGAGCUGCACUGCCCGUCCUCCUACAUCCCUCCCCACCCCGACCUCCAUCCAGUGCAGCUAAACGGAUUGGACCGACCAAGGGACGAGUACUCGGACAAUGUUCUGAAGCUGAUAAGAGAGGAGUUUGGCUGAGUUGCCCAGAUGGUCAACCAGCCAGUCGGCUAAUGAGCCAGUGAGUGAUGUGAUUGACUCGUCUCUCUCGUGGACAGCUUAUUGAACUCUGACUUCAACAGGUCCGUUUCCUGAGAGAGAAAUCUGACAGUUGUGCCAAAAAAACAGCCAUCUGAUAUGGUUGUGAUAACCUUCACGCUCUCCACAGCUCUGAUAAGCAGUGAGGCACAAAGAGAAAAUGUCAAUGAAGCAGCUCACUGCUGCAGGUAAAGCACCACUCUUGACAGAAGACAUGCAGUCACAGUGCUGAUGCUUUUAUUUCAUGUGAAGGC